AUGUCAAAACAAAAAAUAUUUUUUAUUGUACUUAGUUUAUCUGUUUUAUCAAUUGCUCUAAUUUAUCAACCAUUGCCAGAGAAUUUUCCUCAACCAUGGAAAUAUCGAUUUCUUUCAUUCUGGGCACAUCUUUUUUCAAAAUUGGGUUUUUUUGCUGAAAAAGUAAAUUUAUUCGAUCGUAUUCAUAUUUUACGUUUUCUUUAUUAUAUAUUUGUUGGUUGUUUUCAAAUACGAAAUCCUGAACAUCAUUUAAAGAUCUAUGAUAGAAGAAUAUUAAAUGUUAAAGUUCGAAUAUAUGAACCUGAAGAAUUAGCUAAUGUGGAUAAAAUGCCGACAAUAAUACAUUUUCAUGGUGGUGGAUUUCUUUUAGGCUGUCGAGAUACUUAUGAUCAAGUUACAUAUGCAUUAUCUAAUUUAACACGUGCACUUGUAAUAUCAGUCGAAUAUCGUCGUGUACCAGAACAUUAUUUUCCUGCAGCACUUGAUGAUUGUACUUUAAUCACAUAUGAAUUAUUUAGAAAUGCUGAUAAUUAUCGAAUUGAUGUUAAUCGAAUAAUAUUAGCAGGUGAUUCAGCCGGUGGAAAUUUAGCUUUAGUUUUAACACAAUCAUUAUUAAACGAUGGUUUUAAUCCUCGUACUACUUGUCUUAUAUAUCCAGCUUUGCAAUUCUUUGAUUUUACAUUACCGUCAUAUCGAUUAUAUUUACCUCGAAAUAUUCUUGGUGUUAUUACUGAAGAAAACUUUCUUUCUGUUAUGUCUGAAUUAAGUGAAAGUAAAAUAAAAGUAACACGUGAUAUUUUAUUUAAUAAUCAUACAUCAUCUAAAGAUAAAAAACGUUUACGUCCAUAUGUUGAUGCUGAAAAAUAUUUACAUAUUUCAUUUCCAUUUGAUAUUAAUCAAGAAGGUAAUGAAAAUUUAAUUUCACAUUUAAAAUUUCUUAUAUCACCAAAAAUGUCUCCAUUAUUGGUUGAUGAUAAAGAAUUAAUGAAAUUACCACCAAUUUUACUUUUUACUACUGAAUUUGAUAUACUUAGAGAUGAAGGUUUUAUCUUUGCUGAACGUUUACAUUCAUUAAAUAAAACUCUUUAUCAUCAUCAUUUCCCAACAGCAUUCCAUGGAGUACAUCUUCUUUUAUAUGGUCCAUUAAAGUUUGAUAUUGCUUAUGAAAUGAUUGAACAUAUUGCAAGAAAAAUACGUGAAAAUCUUUGA